CAACUUCCUCUACCAUUUAAAAAUGGCGGCGGUGGUUGUCAAGUAAACGAAAGACGCUUACUGGUGUUUGCAAGAUGGCCAAAAUUGAGCUAUAAUCGGUUUCUAUCUUGCUUUUUGAGAGUACAUGCGGCUGCAGUAUUCAGUGAAACAUUUACGCUCUAUUUCAUUGCUGCGGUUUGAGGUGAAACAUUGUCAUGGCAGAAAUGGAGGAUGAAGAGUCAACGCUGGUAAGUUGUAGUGUUGCACUGUACCAAUUUCUCUAUGUACUGAGACAUGUUCACAUCAAUAUAUACAAUAAAGAAACACUUAACCGUGUAACCUGUUUAGCUUGUUUAGAAUGUCAAGCUGCAGUGUAGCUUACUUGGUUCUUUCUUUAAAAGUUCUGAAAUUAAGAACGCACAGUUUACCUUAUCUGCCAGGCAGGAGGUUUCUGAUGACAUGCAAGUGACAUUUAUCGUAAAAACGUGUAAGAUAUGUAUUUGUCCUCUUAGAAUAAGGGGCAAAAUAUUCAGGAUGAAGCUCCUAAGUUAUUCAUGUUCUGAAUGGUCUUAUUGAUUAGCAUAUUGGUUAAAUUGUUGAAUAAACACACGACGUGAUAUCAGUAAUACAGGCCAACUUGCAAUGCAACUUUUCAGGAAGCAUUGAGGAUAUUACGGACAAGUAUUGUCAUGCUGACCAUUUGCAUUCCAAAAUAGUUUUUGUUUUUAUCAGCACAAUGGUGGUUUACAGCCUACUAAGAUUUACUCAUGUAUUUUAUUAAAUGUUUUGUUUGAUUUGAGCUCUGACAUAAAUUAAGCUAUUUUCUAUCACAGCUCUACAUUUCAUGUUUUGUUCCCAGGCCUUGAUGAACUACUAUUGCCACGAGAAGUAUUUCAAUCAUGUAUUAAAUGUUGCAGCUGUGGCACAGAAGAAAUUCAGCAAUGAUCCAAUCUUCAGCUUUUUCCAUGCCUACAGCAUCCUGAUGCAAGGUAAAGGAGGACUCCAUUGCUUAGUUUGAAACAAUCAAAUAAAGUAGCUACAGGGAGGCCCAAAUGUAUUUGUUUUUUGGCUCUAUACUCCAGCAUCCUGGAUUUGAAAUGGUACAACUAACGGUAUGGGGUUAAAUUGCAGACUGUCAGGUUUAGUUUGAGGGUAAUUUCAGGUUAACCUUUUAGAAAUUGCAGCAUUUUUUGUACAUAGUUCGAUAUAGCCAAUUUAGACUUUGCAGCUGGCCCAUCUAGCGGAAAUAGCUAAGUUCUGCAUCCAGGGCAAGAUUCAUGACAAUAAAUGCCAACCUGCGUCAUUUUGGAGUCACUUUUAUUGUAAAUAAGAAUAUAGACUUCUAGUCAUUGCACUAACGCUAGUUAGUAUUGUCUCACAAAACUACCCCUAACUUCCUUCAUACUGGACACAGAGACAUCAAAAUGGUAUCCACAAGUUCAUCUGACUCUGGGGAAGUAGAUAAAUGGCAUCGAUGCCAAAAUACCGAAGUAUCCCUUUAACCUCAUAGUCAUUGUAUCAUUUAAAAUCCAAAGUGCUGGAGUACAGAGACAAAUCAACAAAAAAUUUGACACUGUCCAAAUACUUUUGGACCUGUAUAUCUGUUUCUUGUAAUAUCAGUGAUUUAUAUGUUUCGUUUUAGAUCAAAUUCAGGAAGCCAUCCAUGAGUUUGAGACGAUAAAAGACAGAAGAGAUGUGUCUCUCUGCACAUUCAUGGCUCUUGUUUAUGCUGAAAAGAAAAGGCCAAACCCAGGUAAACCCAUAUUUGUCUUGAUCCAUGUUUAUGUCUCUGGGUAUUUUUCUGUAGCUGAAUCUACUAUACACUUAACUUUUUGUGUUGAUUGCAGAUCGAGAUGUCAUUCAGGAACUGGAUGCCAAGGUGAAAGAGGACCGUAAAAGUGCAACACCUAAGGGUCUCUACUACGCUGGGAUGUUCCUCUGGCUUCUGGGACGAAAUGACAAAGCAAGGGAAUACAUAGAGAGGAUGAUCAAAAUCUCUAAUGGUUCCAGAGAAGUGCGUUUUGUGAGAAUGUGUUCCUCUCAAAUUGUAACAAAGAUUUUAUUUUUAUUUUGAAGAUGCAUUUGCAAAAAUGUACAAAGUCUGCAAGUGCCACUGUACACAUACCUUAAACAGUUAAAUUGAUGAAAUUAUGCCCACGCUAUGGCAAUAUAGGGUUGCCUAGGGAUGGCCUUUGUCAUCACUAGGCUAUUUGAGAACUUUCUUUAGAAGCAUUUUGAGUGGAAUGACUAGAAAACCAGGUAGAUUUAUUUGUGUCUACCCUUAUAACAUUUGGAUUCAUGUCUGUUGUUCAGGGGAUUAUCCUAAAAGGCUGGAUAGAUCUGACCUCUGGUAAGGAUGCAUAUGCCAAGAAGGCUGGGAAAUACUUUGACGAAGGCCUGAAAGAGAAAGCAGACGUUUUCGCUCUGAUGGGAAAGGUAAGAAGGGCACAAUUCACUUGCAAUGAGAAGAGAUGUUAAGAUAUUGGAGACAUUGUUGAGGUCUCUGUCACUUCUCAUAUUUCAUGUGGCACCUAGUUAUUGUGCCUCAAUGAUAAUCCCCCAUAGUGCUGGAUUUUCUGUAUCCCACAACCUCACUGGGAUGUCCGAGUCUAGUAUUCACUAACACAAUCUGUUUCUCAAUUUGUACCAUAUCUUGAAUAUUGAAUGGACCAUUUUGAAAUGCCAAUGCUCUAUGUUGCCUUAUCUGUGGUAAUAAAGUGAGACCAAUUACUAUCUUGCUAUCUUUUGCUCUUUGUGGAGAGUAAUUAGCUUUUGAAACAGAUAUACAACAGUGCGUUUUACUUUCCCUCGACAUGUCCAUAAAUUGUAUGAUCUUUUGUCUGUUUCAGGCACAUUACUAUGAGUAUCGGCAUAAUUAUUCCGGAGCUUUGGAGACAGUCAACCAAGUGAUUGUUAGUUUCCCUGGGUUCCUUCCUGCCUUUAUCAAGAAGAUGAAGCUUCUAUUGACCCUGCAGGACUGGGAGCAAACUGUAGAUGCAGCACAGAGGUAUAGUAUCUCAUAUUAGAGGUGAUUUUGCUCUAGAAUUUCUGUUUUCUUGUUUCUUAAGUUAAUGAUACUGGAAAUAAUAGCUGGCUUUAAUCUUAGUUUGUAAAGAUUUGUUUGGAUAAAAUAAAUACUUAAAUUGAUGGAUUUGGUCAGUCAAUAGCAGCCAUAUAAAGAACGAGCCAGUCAGCCUUUGCAAGUGGCCCGUAUUCAAGUGCAAAUGAAAAAUGGAGCGUGAUGCCUGGAACCAGUGGCGUAAUGACUGAGCCAUUGUUCCUGACUGCUCGCCCGCUGGACCCUGGCCAGAGCCAGGGAAUAUAAAAAGACUUUUGAGCUGAAGCGCUAGAGCCACACGUUUCCCGGGAUGCACUUCUCCAGGUUCUAUGAACUGCAGGAAGGAGGAUCACUCAGGUGGAGCCCGUUUCUAAGGGGACUAAGCCCAAGGCCAGAGCCACUGGUUUAGCCCUGCUGAGCCGUAGCUCUUUGAAGAGGAAUGGACACAUGCAGUGCAAAGUCCGGCACUCUCUUUUUUUCUCAUUGUCUAAGUGGGUGUUCUUCCAUAGAUUGUAUUCUCUCCCUUCCUCCAGCCGUGUCGGGCAUAUAAGCCAUCAUGGGAAGAAACAAAUACAAUACUCUGACCACCACAUUUUCAUUAGCAUCAAACAAACAGUGCUGAUCAUUAAAGAGAUUUUUCCUGUCCCAUUCUAGGCUCUUGCAGAGGGAUAAAAACAACCUAGAAGCCCUGAGAAUGCUCGCUCUUCACUCCUUAUGCAGAGAGGGGGACAUCACAGAGGUAAUUUCCAAACAUUAAGCGUUAAAGGGAUAGUUUGGGAUUUUGGCAAUUAAUAAAUGUGUAUAUAUAUAUAUACAGUGAGGGAAAAAAGUAUUUGAUCCCCUGCUGAUUUUGUACGUUUGCCCACUGACAAAGACAUGAUCAGUCUAUAAUUUUAAUGGUAGGUUUAUUUGAAAUGUGAGAGACAGAAUAACAACAAAAAAAUCCAGAAAAACGCAUGUCAAAAAUGUUAUAAAUUGAUUUGCAUUUUAAUGAGGGAAAUAAGUAUUUGACCCCCUCUCAAUCAGAAAGAUUUCUGGCUCCCAGGUGUCUUUUAUACAUGUAACGAGCUGAGAUUAGGAGCACACUCUUAUAGGGAGUGCUCCUAAUCUCAGCUUGUUACCUGUAUAAAAGACACCUGUCCUCAGAAGCAAUCAAUCAGAUUCCAAACUCUCCACCAUGGCCAAGACCAAAGAGCUCUCCAAGGAUGUCAGAGACAAGAUUGUAGACCUACACAAGGCUGGAAUGGGCUACAAGACCAUCGCCAAGCAGCUUGGUGAGAAGGUGACAACAGUUGGUGCGAUUAUUCGCAAAUGGAAGAAACACAAAAUAACUGUCAAUCUCCCUCGGCCUGGGGCUCCAUGCAAGAUCUCACCUCAUGGAGUUGCAAUGAUCAUGAGAACGGUGAGGAAUCAGCCCAGAACUACACGGGAGGAUCUUGUCAAUGAUCUCAAGGCAGCUGGGACCAUAGUCACCAAGAAAACAAUUGGUAACACACUACGCCGUGAAGGACUGAAAUCCUGCAGCGCCCGCAAGGUCCCCCUGCUCAAGAAAGCACAUAUACAGGCCCAUCUGAAGUUUGCCAAUGAACAUCUAAAUGAUUCAGAGGAGAACUGGGUGAAAGUGUUGUGGUCAGAUGAGACCAAAAUCGAGCUCUUUGGCAUCAACUCAACUUGCCAUGUUUGGAGAAGGAGGAAUGCUGCCUAUGACCCCAAGAACACCAUCCCCACCGUCAAACAUGGAGGUGGAAACAUUAUGCUUUGGGGGUGUUUUUCUGCUAAGGGGACCGGACAACUUCACCGCAUCAAAGGGACGAUGGACGGGGCCAUGUACCGUCAAAUCUUGGGUGAGAACCUCCUUCCCUCAGCCAGGGCAUUGAAAAUGGGUUGUGGAUGGGUAUUCCAGCAUGACAAUGACCCAAAACACACGGCCAAGGCAACAAAGGAGUGGCUCAAGAAGAAGCACAUUAAGGUCCUGGAGUGGCCUAGCCAGUCUCCAGACCUUAAUCCCAUAGAAAAUCUGUGGAGGGAGCUGAAGGUUCGAGUUGCCAAACGUCAGCCUCGAAACCUUAAUGACUUGGAGAAGAUCUGCAAAGAGGAGUGGAACAAAAUCCCUCCUGAGAUGUGUGCAAACCUGGUGACCAACUACAAGAAACGUCUGACCUCUGUGAUUGCCAAAAAGGGUUUUGCCACCAAGUACUAAGUCAUGUUUUGCAGAGGGGUCAAAUACUUAUUUCCCUCAUUAAAAUGCAAAUCAAUUUAUAACAUUUUUGACAUGUGUUUUUCUGGAUUUUUUUGUUGUUAUUCUGUCUCUCACUGUUCAAAUAAACCUACCAUUAAAAUUAUAGACUGAUCAUUUCUUUGUCAGUGGGCAAACGUACAAAAUCAGCAGGGGAUCAAAUACUUUUUUCCCUCACUGUGUAUAUGUAUAUGUAUAUAUAUAUAUAUAUCCCCAGAGUCAGAUGAACUCAUGGAUACAAUUUGUAUGUCUCUGCGUCCAGUAUGAAGGAAGUUAGAGGUAGUUUCGUGAGCCACUGCUAACUAGCAUUAGCACAAAGACUGGAAGUCUUUGGGAUCAGCUAGCAUGCACUUCCUCCUGUCGCCACACAACUACGUGUGAAUGGUAAAUAAUGAUUUCCAUGAUGUGUACGUGGUCAAGUGGGAUACCCUUUUUACUUUUGGCAGUCCGUAAACCUGCUCUCAAAUCUGGUCAGCAACUUGGACGCCCAAGAGCCUCACAGCCCAGAGCUUUUCUACGGGAUGUCCUUGGCUUUCACACGGGUGGUAAGACUCAUUUGAUUUAUUAUUAGAGUGUAUUGCAUCUUCAGGAUGCCCAGCCCACAUGGGCUUAUAAGAUACUGUAUUUAGUGUUUGUUUAAUGCUUUUCGAUAAAUGUUUUUACAUGGAAGCUACUGUGACUAGGUUUCACCUCUGAAGAGAUCGAGAACCCCUUCACUUCACCUUGUAACAUUACAACAGUCCCUGAACCAGUACAUGACAUGUUUGACAUGAGGUAUACACAAAGUAUAAACUUACUCUAAUGUUGUCAUUUACUAGUGUGGAAGAAAUGAUAAAGUGAUUCAGCAGACUCACAUCAUGGUGGACAGAGCCUUCUCCCAAGCCCAAGGGGAUUCUGAUCUGGCCACAGAGCUGGGCUACCAGUUGGUUCUGCAGGGAAGAAUCAAAGAGGCUAUGAAGUGGUACAAGACUGCCAUGACCCUGGACGAAACAAGUGUCUCCGCUUUGACAGGUGAGACGGGUUACCCUGAUUGUUUAGACAUAUGCCGUAGAUCUCUAACUUUAGCUGUAAUGUAGCAAUGCAUGUAAUUCUAUACCUAUAUCUAUAAACGAAUAAUUAAGUUGUAGAUUGUAAAAACAUCUGAUCUGUAAUUCUGUAUUUCCAGGUAUUAUCAGGUGCCAGCUGAUCGAGGGACACCUAGAGGAUGCAGAGCAACAGCUGGAGUUUCUCACAGAGAUCCAGCAGUCUAUUGGGAAAUCAGGGGUAAGGCUGAUAGAGGAAAGAUAUUGCUCUGUUCAAUCCAGUCCAAAGGCCUAGCCAAAGUAAUACUUUUUUUUAUUCUACUUUUGACAUUUAUAUCUAGUGUUUGGUCAUCAAGUGAAGCCUAGUAGGCUUUUGGAAAGCUUUUUGUUUAGGUGAUGGUAGUUCUUUAGAAAUUCGUGGGCUUUCCUGUGUUUGCUAAGCCCUUAACAGUGACAUUAGCUUGGAUAAGUAACCACUGAGUAACAGCUGGUCCUGUGGAUCUUAAGUAUUAUAGGGGAGACUCUGGGUACAUUCCAAAUGGCACCUUAUUCCCUUUAUAGUGCACUAUAAAGGCCCAUAGGGCCCUGGUCAAAAGUAGUGCACUAUAUAGGUAAUAGGAUGCCAUUUGGGACUAACCCUCUGCUGUACCCUGGUACUACAAUCCAUGUUGUCUUAGAGCUGCCCUACUGAGCUGAAUACUGUUGUGUGAACCUGGUGACACCCUUGGCUUGCUCUCUCCUCUCUGUCAGGAGCUGCUGUACCUGCGCGCCGUGCUGGCUGUGAAGAAACACAGGCCACAGGACGAGGUCACCAACCUGCUGAACGAUGCCGUGGACACCCACUUCUCCACACUGCAGAGCCUGCCGCUGGGGGUGGACUACUUUGAGAAGCUCAACCCUGACUUCCUGCUGGAGAUUGUCAAGGAGUACAUAGCACUCUGUCCUGCUAAGGUCAGUCUGGAGAGAGAUGUCUAUGGAUACAUUUGUUCAAUACAUAUUUUAAGGCUUUAUUAUAAGGGGCUAUAGAUAAGGAGAGGAGAGAAAGGUGGAAGGAUCGACUUGGGGAUUGAACCCCGGUCUCCGGUGGGGGGGCUCUGCAUAUCUACGGAUGCAUUUAUAGAGAUUACUGUCAGUAAUUUUUGACACCACAUUUACUAAGAAACAAUACAAAGAAGUUGUCACGGGUCGUAAAUUGACUUUUAGCCCCGUCAUGGCAUUCAUCGUGGUCUUGAUCGAAGUCCAUUGGUAUCAUGUGUGUGUUAGCCUCCAGCCCAGGGCCAGCCUCCUGCCCCUCAGCUCCAACACUGUGCCUCUGUGUUGGACACUGUGGUCAAGAUAAUACCUGGACUCCUACAAGGUGUCUUCCUAUUGGCCAAAGUCAGGUUUCAGUCAGGUGAGUUUCAACUGAAUUGCAUGUGACAGAAUUCUGCUCUGUUUUCAUGCCAAGUUGUUCUCAACAUGGAUGACAACAAUUCAUGGGUUUGAUGGCAAUGCUGAUAUCCUUUAGGUGACAUUGACUCUGCUCAGAGCAGCCUCCAACACUGCCUGGACCAGUGUCCCUCCCAUGCUGAGGCCCACCUGCUCAUGGCACAGAUCCACCUCUUACAAGGCAACUACAAGCUCUCCUCCCAGUCUCUGGAGCUCUGCCUCAGCCACAACUUUGCGGUAAGACCAGCAUUUCAGAUGAACGUGAUAUUAGAUCAAACAGAACUGUUAUGGGAACAUCAUCCUCUAAUAACUCUGUGUGCUGCACCCUGCCAGGUCCGAGAGCACCCUGUGUAUCACCUUAUAAAGGCCCAGGGCCAGAAGAAGAUGGGGGAGCUCCAAGAGGCCAUCCAGACUCUGCAGAUGGCCAUGAUCCUGCCGGGGGUCCGCAGGGCCGGGGCCUCAGCCAAGUCCAAGAACAAGAAGGUGGAGCUGAGCUCUGCUGACUGUGUAUCCGUGUUCCUGGAACUCGCCGAGGCCCUCUGGCUCAAUGGAGAACAGGUAAGGGAACAUGGAGAGAACAAGCUCAGCAACAGAGAGUAUUAUUCAAUAUAACUUGAGUUAUGCUGGCCUUUCUAGGAACUGUGUACUUUCCAGGAACUCAUGAGAUGCAGAUAGGGGUCUUUGCACUGAGAACAUACAUACUCCAUAUUUUAUUGUACUUACAUUCCCGGUAGUGUUUGUCCAUUCUCUUCUGUCUCAGUCAUGUCGUUGCCCAGUGUUGAACAGUGAAGUCUGAUUUCAUGAACGUGGGUUUGACGUUUCAGCACGAAGCCGCCAAAGUGAUGCAAGACGCCAUCAACGAGUUCUCAGGCACUCCUGAGGAGCUGCGUGUCACCAUCGCCAACGCUGACCUGGCUCUGCUGCGUGGCGACACCGAGCUUGCGCUGAGCAUGCUCAGAAACAUUACCCCUGAGCAGCCCUACUAUAUCCAGGCCAAGGAGAAGAUGGCCGACAUAUAUCUGAAUCACAGGAAAGAGAAGCGCCUCUAUGCCAGUUGUUACAGGUCAGGAACAACACGGCAUUAUAGAAAAGGCUAUAGUCUGACCGUUAGGCACACAAACUGUUCACUAAUGGUGUUUGACAUCUAGCUUAGGGUAACAAAUAGUUUAUUACUACUUUAAACCACGUCUCUUAUCCAGUGCACUAACCACAUCCCCCAUUGCUGUCAGCCCACCCACCCAUGCCAUAGCAGCAGUCAGGCCAUAACAGUAUCCAGGCCAAAAGUUCACAGCAAAUCAAGUGUACAUAUUCAACUUUAUCCACUCAUGCAGCAAGGCUGUAAUGUGCAAAGCUGCCUGCAGUGUCUAGAAGUGAGCCGAAGGUCCUUACCCUCAUCUCUGAUACUGUACUUGUGUUGAUAGGAUUUUCCACACAGAGACCCCACUGGGAAGCCAUUAGGCAUGCGUGAACCUCAGAGCACACCCAUGUCUGUAUAAUGUGAUACUGUAAUGUCUAGAAUAAGAUUCAAUGUGAUCUUUUUCCCCUCUUUCCUCAGAGAAUUAGUGGAGAAGCUUCCCAGUCCUCAUACAUAUAUUUUACUUGGGGAUGCUUAUGUGAAUAUCCAAGAGGUAGGUAUGAAAUUGAAUAUAGAUUAAUCUCGUUGUUGGCCAAAACAAGGUAAUGCAAGGCUUGCAUGGUUUUGGGGUAUUUUUCAGUAGUGUGUUCACAGGAAGUAGUAUUAUGCAAUGUUUUCUUCAAUCAGGCAAAUAUUUAUAAAGAUACAAUGCACAGAUGUUUGCUAUCUUCCUUCAUGACUCCCUCACUGAGAAAUGUUGAAUCGUCACAGUUAAUGUUCGGUACAGCUGAACGUCACAAAGUCAAGUCUGUUUAUCCGCAGCCAGAGAAGGCCAUCGAGAUCUACGAACAGGCUCUGAAGAAAAACCCCAAAGAUGGAGCUCUGGCCAGCAAGAUUGGGAAAGCUCUUGUCAAGACUCACAAUUACGUCAAGGUUUGUAUACUAACUAGGGAGCUACACUGAGGCGUCGGGAAAACAGUAGCUGCUACACUGGAUGUGUAACUUUUUGCCGUACAAGCCACUUCAUCAAGUGUUCUCGGGAGUGAGGCGCACAUCAAAUUAUUACAAAUAAAUCCAGAGCGUAAUUUUACGCUAAGCAAUGCGAUCCUCUCACAGCCGUGCUCCUUACUCCCAGGUUUCAUUGAAAUAAAUUGGAGUGUCUUAGGCUCUGCAAAAGUUACGUGUCCAGUGUAGCAGGCCUGUAAGAAAAAAACAUUCAAAGAUCAAUCUAUAGUAGUCAUUAGCUAUAUGAUUCACCUCUGUUAUUCACAGGCAAUCAAUUACUAUGAAGCUGCUCUGAAGACUGAGCAGCAGAACUUCCUGCGAUAUGACCUGGCUGAACUGCUUAUGAAGAUGAGACAGUACGAGAGGUGCGAGAAAGUUUUACAAGAGGCGCUCGCCCAUGACCCAGGUAAGCUGGACAUCAUUGCAACAAUUUUGAACAUUUUGUAUGUUAAAUUCUAUGUUUUGUUGUUGGUCAUAAAUUACAAUGAUAAUACAUAGUUACUUAUGUAGCGCUUUUCCAACUUCUCACUCUUGUCGCCUUGUGUUGUUUUGUCUAGUAAAUGAGCUGCCGUCGCUAACCGAUGAUUGUCGCUAUCUGGUCCUGUUGGCCAAGAUCCAUGGCAAGGUUGACAAAAACGAGGAUGCUUUACUUUCCUUGCAAAGAGUAAGUCUUCUGAUAUUGUAAAAGCCAUUCUGCUAAGCAAUGAGAGAAACUGAAAUAACUGAAAUAUAUUAUUAUGAUAAUUUCUAAGAUUGAAAAUCUGUCAAGGUCUCCCCUAAAAUACAUGCAUAAUUCACAACAUUGCUAUUUCUUAGCUAUACUCUGAACCCAGACUUGUGUUUCUUUUAGGCCCGGGAUGUGCAGGCCAAGGUGUUGAAGCGGGUGCAGUUGGAGCAGCCAGACGCUGUCUCCAUGCAGAAGCAGCUCGCUGCAGAGAUCUGUGGCGAGAUCGCUAAACACUACACAAGUCUUAGAGGCUAUGAGAGAGCAGUGAAAUUCUACAAAGAAGCUCUUGUCUAUUGUGAGAGUGAUGGCAAGGUCGGUGCAGCUGAAUCAAACCUUCAGUGUGUGUGCUCCCUGCAGCUGUAUUUGUGAAUCCCUAGCAUCCUUUUUUCCCCCUCUCUGUGCUGUUUUUGUAUUUUCUAAUUUGCUUAUUACGAUAGUUUAGCAUGUUUGCAAUUACUAAAUGUUUAUAAUUACAUUAAAAUCUAUUUUUAACAAUGUGUAAAUGUGUGUUUAAUGCCAGCAAGGCAUACUGCUACAUUUGCUCAUAGGAAAUUAUAUUAUAAUUAUGAUGUUAGAAGGUAAUCGGUUAACAAAGUUUAAUUCAAUUGAAUGCUUUCAUUGUUACCAGGUGAUGCUGGAGCUGGCACGGUUGUACCUCACUCUAGAUGAUGUGGAUGGUUGCCAACAGCAAUGCAGUGUCCUUCUGAAGAGUGACCAGGUCAAUGAAGAUGCAACACUGGUUAGUUAUAUAUGCCAUUUCUGUCAAGUCCCAAAGGAAAAUCCUAUUGUAAAACUUGAUUGUUUUACAAACUUCUCUGUUUCCUCGUAGAUGAUGGCUGACCUGAUGUUCAGGAAGCAGGACUAUGAGCAAGCCGUUUUCCACUUUCAGCAGCUACUGGAGCGCAAACCAGGUGUGACAGGGCUCUGUUUCUCUUAGGUCUGAAUACACAACUUCCCCCCUGAAAUAGAAUUUAAAUGGGGAUUUGUAAAGCUUGAAAAGCAGAAGAACCUCAAUGUAAAUAUGCACUGCUGAUUUGACCUCCCCUGGAUGGGAAGUAAUGUCUUUACCAUAUGUUCCUGCUAGACAACUACCAAACACUGUCACGUCUAAUCGACCUGCUGAGGAGAGCUGGGAAGUUAGAGGAAGUUCCCAGGUUUCUGGAGAUGGCUGAAAAACAUUCCUCCAGGGCCAAGUUUGACCCUGGGUUUAACUACUGCAAAGGACUUUAUCUGUGGUAAGUUCAUUAAUCAAAAGUAUCUUUAGCUAGAAUGAUUAUGGUGUCUUUUUAAUAAUGAAGUUGUAAUUGGUGCCCAGGUACACAGGUGAACCCAAUGAUGGGUUGCGACACUUCAACAAGGCACGGAAAGACAACGACUGGGGUCAGAAUGCUGUGUACAACAUGAUUGAGAUCUGUCUUAACCCAGACAAUGACACUAUGGGAGGAGAAGUCUUUGAGAACCUAGAUGGUGACAUGGGGUGAGUAACAUGUGCAGUAAUAGUCAUGUCUUUCAAUGAACAUGUGAAUAUUAGCUGUGGGGAUGUUUUUUUUUUUUAUGCUUACAGUGACAAUACACUGAGUGUACAACACAUUAGUGUACAAAACUCUUUCAAUGACAUAGACUGACCAGGUGAACGCUGUGAUCCCUAAUUGAUGUCACUUGUUAAAUCCACUUCAAUCAGUGUAGAUGAACAAUUUCCCACGUGUAUCAAGAAUGGUCCACCACCCAAAGGACAUCCAGCCGACUUGACACAACUGUGGGAAACAUUGGAGUCAACAUGAGCCAGCAUCACUGUUGAACGCUUUUGACACCUUGUAGAGUCCAAGCCCCGACGAAUUGAGGCUGUUCUGAGGUCAAAAGGGGGGAAGGGUGCAACUCAAUAUUAGGAAGGUGUUCAUAAUGUUUUGUACACUCAGUGUAUAUCUUAGCUAAAACACAAAUCCUUAUGUCCAUGUUAUUCUUGCUCAUUUAUCUGGCUGUCAAGUUGUCAUUGAUGUAAAUGCGCUUCAUUUUCCAUUCUCAUCUAUGCUCAGGAACUCUACUGAGAAGCAGGAGUCAGAGCAGCUCGCCGUGAGGACAGCAGAGAAGCUCCUGAAGGAGUUAAAGCCCCAGACAGCCGGUGGACACGUCCAACUACGGAUCCUAGAGAACUACUGCUUUCUGGCCACCAAGCAGAAAGCCAACGUCGAAAAAGCCCUGAAUGUUUUCACAGAGAUUGCAAACAAUGAGGUAAGUCAACUCCAGAUGGUGUACAUAAGUGUGCUCACACACACCCUUAGAGCAAAUCUAACAUCACUACGCGGGUGCAUUAUCUCAGGCUUUCUCUUUGCUUUACACUUUAUUGAUGCUUACUUUGGAGGUUUUCUUAACAGCUUAGUUAUUGAGGAACGUACUAUGUAUUUAACAUAGUAAGAUAACUUGUGUAAGAGAAUAUCCUGUUGCGCAAAUAGAAUCCUCGCUGACAAGGAAACUUUCUUGUUUGUAUUUUUGGAUACUCUUGUCUACUUCAUAGAAAUAGAGAGAAAUGUUAGAUCUGAUUCACCGUAAAACAACACCUAGCUAACCAGAGCUCUCUGUUUUAACUUAGAAGGACCAUGUGCCUGCACUGCUAGCCAUGGCGACAGCCUACAUGAUUCUCAAACAAACCCCUCGAGCCAGGAACCAGCUCAAACGCGUAGCUAAGAUGAACUGGAGCAUUGUUGAUGCUGACGAGUUUGAGAAGAGCUGGCUGCUCCUGGCUGACAUCUACAUCCAGUCAGGGAAAUAUGACAUGGCCGGGGACCUCUUGAAGAGAUGCCUUCGCCAUAAUAAGGUCAAUGCAUACCCUUGAUCAAAACAUAUCAGAAUUAAUUUGAGUCACUCACAGUAACAGUCAUUGUUAAUUUUCACAGUCAUGCUGUAAAGCUUAUGAAUACAUGGGCUACAUUAUGGAGAAGGAGCAGGCAUUCCGGGAUGCAGCGCUGAACUAUGAAAUGGCCUGGAAAUAUGGCAAUCAAACGAACCCCACUAUAGGUAUGUUUAAGGACAUCUUGUACUUGCUGCCAUUUAGUAAUUAGUAAUUUAGAUAUAUAACAGUAUAUUAAUAUAAGUAUGUGUUUGUCCCAGGAUACAAGCUUGCAUUCAACUACCUGAAAGCAAAGAGGCAUGUUGAUGCCAUAGAUGUCUGUCAUAAGGUAAGUUGAAAUCAUAGCUUCACAUGUUAUUUAUGUUGAAAUAAGAUUUGUGUAAAAAUGUGAUUUGUUUACGUGUUGUCAUUGGAUAACAUCCUAUACAUAAACUAAAUAUUCAUGUUUGCUUUAGGUUUUGGAUGCGCACCCCAAUUAUCCAAGGAUGAGGAAGGACAUCUUGGACAAAGCUCGGGCAGCUUUGCGGUCUUAACAUAAAUGUAUUAGCGAGAGAGAGUGCGUAUCUUUUUUGAUGUGUUUUGUUGACAUGUACUUAGCUAAGUAUUUGGAUGUAAUUAUAAAGGGAAUGUUGGAGGGAUGAGAGACAGUGAUUUUUAUAAAUGUGAUUACAA